AUGUUCAACGCUUUCAACGUCACAGAUCUGGCUCUAGUCGACCAGAAGCCCGCAUCUGCAGCGCGUAGGUCUCUUCCCGAUUUUCAGUUGAUGCUGAACACACCGGACAACUCCGGUCGUGCUGGCAGAUCUCGUUCUGGAUGCAACGAAUGCCGCAGACGAAAGCUGGGGAUCACAUGUGUUUGGAGAGACCCAGACCAGAUUCGUAAUAAAAACAAGAAGCGCAAGACGAAUAAAGAGAUUCCACCCGAAACUGCACCCGAAUCGACUGAUCAGAUGCUGAUCAAGACUCCAACGCACUUCACAGCUGUUUCGUCCCCUGGAAGUCCGGCACAUUCGUUGAUAGAUAUGCUUAAGGGCCAUGUUCAGUUCAUUCCAGAUGUCUUAUCUCCUCAGAAAAGUUUGUUUUCGCUGCCUAUGAUGCAAAGUCUCAACCAAACGGAAAACGAGUACCUCGAUUACUACGUUAACUGCGUUUCCAAGACAGUGUCGAUCCUCCCCGAGGAAACUAAUUUUUUCCUCAGCUUGUACAUUCCUUUGGCUGCCAAGAACACAUCUAUUCUUCACGCACUGCUUGGCUGGGGAGGACUGUUCCUGGCUGGAUCAAAGGAAAACAGUACACCUUUGAAGUACAUCAAGAGUUCUUUGAAUCUGUGCAGUGAUAAGCUAAAGGCUCCAUUUCUUACCGAUAAUGACAAGCUAGAACUUGUCUCGGUUUACACCAUUUUAUGUGCGGCGGAAAUCUGUGCCGGCGACGUUAAGGACUGGUAUAAAUAUUUCCGCAAGCUUCACGAGUUCAUCGUUGACGAAUCCAAAGGUAACUUGCGAGCCUUGGUUCAGCUUCUUGGCCGCUCAGAGGACGCCAAAUGGCUGAUUUCUAAUUUCUUGUACCACGACGUUCUGAGCAGCACUAGCCACCAAACGGGUACAAUUUUCACGAGUGAACAAUACUGCGAGGCUUUGGAUAUCGGAUCGAGUAGUAUGCGACUACUUGAUUCGGGAAGCGUUUGUGACCCGCUGCAAGGAUGUGUGAGACCGCUAUACGUUCUUCUGGGUGAGAUUGCAAACACUCGAACCAUGCUGGUUUCGAUGGAAGAGGAACUCGAACAAAUCACAGACAAGGAGGAGUACGACAAGAAACGACUUGAUUACCUCACUCUACUCGAUCUCAGCUACAAGGAUCUAGACAUCAGAAUCAGGAACACAGAGCCGCAUACACGAUCGCUGCUUUUCCUGAAAAACGAUGAAGAAUUGGAGCACCAUCAUACGCUUUUCGAAACCUACAAGCUUAGUUUGCAGAUCUAUUUGCGGAUGAUGAUAAGAAAGACUCCUCCCGCGCUUCCUGAAAUCCAACUGCUGCUGCUAGAGUUGAAACCGUGUCUGGAUAUUGUGCUCAACACGUCUGUUCAGGCUGCUCUUUGCUUCCCCUUCUUGGUUGCUGGUUGCGCUUCAGUAACCAAGGAAGAUCGCAAAGAGAUGUCUGGUAAGCUUCACCAGAUAUCGUCCAAGUUUCCGGUCAAAAACUUUGAGCGGAUCUUGGUGGUGAUUCGCAAAGUCUGGAAGAACAAUAACGGAGGAUGGAAAUGCGUCUACUGGUUUGAUGUUGCUGAGAGUAUGGGCUGGACUUUGUCCUUAGCAUAA